UCGCAACAUAGGACUCCAAUGUGGUUUAAAGAAUUAGAACAAAAAAUAUUUUUAUCAAAUGAUGGUAGUCGUUUAAUUCAAGCCCAAUAUGUAUAUCCUAUUAGUCAUUUUAAAGGAUCUCAAGUUUUAAUGCUACCAUUAAAUAAUCGGGCAAAAGAUUGGAUAGUUUUGUGGAAUUUCAACAAUAGUACUCCAGUAAUAGGAAAAAUACAAGAGAAAGAUAAUUCGAACAAUACGAUUCUGAUACAACAUUGGUAUGUUAAUAACACACUAUCACUCGUUGAUGCUCCAUUUGCAUUCUAUCAUGGAUCUUUUAUCCGACAAAGAAUUCAUUAUUCUAUUAAUAUCAUUGUUCAACAACAACAACAAGAUAACUUGUUGAUAAGGUUCAUUGAAGAUGGACCUUUACUAACUCAACUUUUAAGUUUCCAACAAACAUUACAACAUUCCAAUAAUUUAGAAUUCUAUACUGAUGGUUCUUUGGUUGGAUUGGGAACUAUACAAAU